AUGGACUUCGUCGACGGCCACAACCUCAAAGACCUUGGCUUUAAACCCGGAAGCGAUACAUGGGGCUCUUUGAUUUUUGCGGAGCCUCAAACUCCAGCUGCAAAACAUCUCCAUCAACAGUUAGCUGAUGUCUACGUCCAAUUACGACAACUUGAAUUUCCCCAUAUCGGUGCAUUGGGCUUACCUUCGCGUGACGCAUCUGCCCUGACCUGCGCGCCUGAACAGAUUAACGUCUGCCACCGCCCCCUCUCGAUAGACAUGGCCCUUCAGGAGCUUGACGGUCUAGAAGCCAGCAACAUCUUCCCACCGAGUAAGACGGUAUCUACGGCCAACGAAUUUGUUGAUGGCUUGCUCCGGCUCGCCCAGAAUAAACUUGAUAAAGAGGCAGACCAAGGCAUGGACGAAGACGAGCCCGCUUCAAUCUUGUAUGCCGCUCACCAUUUCCGACGUUUCGUUCAGGACGAGUGGGUGGACCAGUCAGUGAACCAAGGGCCGUUCGUUCUAGUCCACGGCGAUAUGGAGAAUGUCAUAAGCAACCUUCUGUUUGACCAGGACUACAACCUUGUUGGCAUUCUAGACUUUGUUCUGCUCAUCCAGGAUAACUAUAACAAGCAAGUUGGCUACUUACGUGCUGCUGUCCAAGAAAUCGAGGAGGCAUCCCGCCUACCACCGAGCUUGUCAACCGAAUGGGAACCUUUGGUGGGAUGGUGUCAUGGCGCCAUUGCCAUAGGACUCAAUUAUCCCGAGCAUGCCUAUCUGGUGUAUUGGGACCCGAUUUUCAGGAAGCUGGUCCCCAAGCUUCGCCGUUCCACUGAGGAACAGCGCGAUCAACAACACGAGAGAGAAGUUGUCCCGCGUGUUAGGGAAUUCAUUGAAGCCUCCAAUGAACGCCGGGCGUUUUUGGAGAAAAAGAUCCAGGAGCAGUUGCAGUAUUUCGAGGCCGAGAAGCAGCACUACGGCUACAGCACAUCGCCCGAGCUCAUAAAGCGUGUUUGUUAG